UAGAUUCGGCUGUGACAAGGGGGAUUCAUUCAUGCCUUGCGCUCCAGCAGCGGAAUGAAAUUCAUUACAGUAAUGAACUUCAUUCCGCUGCCUUCACUACAAAGUGCGUUGGUCGGGAAUCAAGUCUGCCCAUGCCUAGGCUCGUGUUCGUCUAUAAAUCGGCGUUAAACAUUUCGCGCGAAAUGCACGGACCUCGUGCCACGAGGUGGUGACAUUGUUAGAGGCAGCAAAUAUUCUCCGUCGUGGUAUUUGUACAAGUUUGUAAAUUGCCACCUUGAAGCAUGUGAGGCAUUGCGGCUGGCUCGAGGUGAAUUCUUUCGUAUUGUUGAUGUGGACAAGGACCGAGCCCAUACUUUUCCUGUCUGCGAAUACAUACUCUUCGUACAAGUUGUCACCUCACCAAUUGCAACGCAUGGACACCAUGCGAGUAAGGAAGGUUAUGGGUAAAGUGAACAUCUUUUAAUCACCUAACUUUGACACCUUCAACAUUUCAAACGGUCACAUAUCCGAAGUGGCGCUCGUAAAUGAAUCGAUGCACGUCGGUCUUGCGCUGUCUAGUGCUCGCAUUGCUCUCAACGGAGAAGAUCUCGACCGCCAACCAGCACCACUUCGUCCGCAUCCCUCUGGAAACCAAUGAUCAAUUGCGGUUUACUGGAGUUGUGCACUUGGGCUCCCCACCACGCAGUGUGCGUGUGGUUUUCGAUACAGGCUCCAGCGAUACAUGGGUCUCCAGAGUUUAUGCUGACAAUGAGGACGACGGACGAGCUUCAAGAGCUUUUACGAUCGGAUAUGGAGGCGGCAUCGUGUCAGGAAUCGCAGCUCCGACAGACUUGCAAUUCGGUUCUGGACCCACCGACAGAUUUUUCCUCCACGAUGUUCCUGUCGGCUUCGUGGAGGACCAUACAUCGGUGAUUCCAGAUCUGGACGCUCAAGGCGUCGUGGGACUUGGAAUGGAAGCACUAGCACAGAUUUACUGCGACUCGAGCCUUCUAGGUCUUUUGUCCCAGCAACCAGGCUCGACGAAACCUCUGGUCUUCUCGUUCUACAUCAGUAGCUGGUCUCAAGCUCAGCCAGCGUCUCAACUGAUCAUCGGAGGCGAUGACCCAGCUUUGUUGACUCCCAACGCGACGUGGUUCAGUUUCCCUCUCGUCUCAAAUACCCAAGCUACCGAGAGCUAUGGGUACUGGGCCUUGCGUGUGCAGAACUUGUCGUUUGGCAAUCUAACACUGCCAUUUGGAAACCCCGGCGUCGCACUGCUCGACUCCGGAACGUCCCUGCUGCUGUUGUCCCAGUAUACUUUUGGUAGGAUCGUCCAGGUUCUCUCCGUUCGCUUUGGCACGCGCCUGCUGCCUUCAUCAAAGGAGAGGCGAUCACUUCCAGUAUGCAGACCCUGCCAAGCGCACGAGUUUCCGUCGCUCGCCUUCAAUUUCGUCAAAUCCGACGCCACGAGUCUGCGAUUCCAGCUACAGGGGAGCGAUUACGUCCGUUGUGACCAGCGCCGUCGAGAAUGCACAGCAAUGAUUGACGCCAUCGACUCUUCCGAAGUCAGCGACCACCUCGACGUCAUGGUCCUCGGUACGGUCUUCUUCCGAGCACACUACACGCGCUUCGACUACACUAACAAGCAGGUGGGCAUCGCGUGCACUUCAGACAACACCGUCUGUAUGGGCGGUCUUCAGCCAGCAUUGGACUAUCACGGGCAUCCAUACGAACACUACAGCAACGUACAGCACCCGCGUCAACACUGGGCCGGAAUAUACGCUGCUGUCACUGCUGUUGUAUUGUUCGCUGGUCUUACAACACUACUGCAGUCUUACACAACCCACAACGAAAAUAUAUAAUGGUUAGUUUAUUAUCCUC